AUGGAUAGCAAUGACAUUGUGUCGAUCGUGGCUCUGGUCAUCUCGGUCAUUGCUUUGAUCGGUGCAAUCUUGCAACUCCUCCAACAAUACUAUGCCUCAGCGAUAGGGUACUCAAGUUGUGGUGAGCGGGUGAUGGGACCCUGGGCCGGCACAAGGAGGCGGAUCUUCCGAUGGUCAGAACUUCGAUUCGAAGUGCGCUUCGAGGCCCCUGUUCUCUUCGGCACAGAGCAAAGCGAGGUAGACACCUUGUCCUUGCCACUUGCCAGGACAGAGCAGGACAGGCACAAGGCGGAGCAGCAAGAGGCGGGGAAGCAGCACAGGUCGUCCAAGCUCCACACGCAUGUACACACCGCGGACAAUGAGCGCGCCACCUGGGCAGUCCUGCUGCAGGCGUUGCAGCAGAUGGAAUACAAGAGCCACGAGUGGGAGGUUGACAUGCUGAAGCAGGACGUGGCACGCUCCGGGCCCAAGGCUGUGCUCCCAGAAUCGGUCGCUGGCUGGGAAACGCACACUGCCGUAGUCGCCCUACAGCCAAAGUUGAAGAGUUGGGACACCAUGCCCGAUGCACUCAAGAAGCCCUAUGCGACCACAACCAUUUGCCAUAUCGUCGAGAUAGCAGCAAUGCUGGGCCUGCACUGGAGAGAGUUUGACCGUUCCAACCACAAGUACCUGGCUGAAGGAAAUGGUUAUCUGCUCACUGGCCAUGAGGUCGACGACUUGGGGAUCGGGUUUAACUUCCAGAUGUACGGAGGCAACAAGUUCGAGCAGAACCGCAUCAUCCCAACCGAUGAGAUAAAAUUGCUGGCUUUUGGAAAUGUGUCCACUAUCUACAGACCAGAGGCAGGCAAGGACGGCAAGAUGCCGUACGACCACGAGGACCCCAAGAACACCUGGGUGCUGCAGUUCGGCAGCACGACGGAACUGGUCGAAUCGCUCACCCACUUCGGCUGCAACUCCAAGACGACAAAUUACUUCCGUGAUCCACAAAAGAAGCAUGCGCAUCUAUUUCCUGUUCCCUUCGAGAUCCUUGGCAUGCUUGCGAAGUCAAUGUACAUGCCCGACACGUACUAUCGCUACCUGCCCAACCCAACAACGUACAGUUGGAAUAAAAAGAACUUCUCCCUCCCCAAGCUCAUCCUUGAGUUCAACCGCGCCGUCAACGACGACGAUAUCGCACCAGAGACCGACCACCUGCUUCAGUUGCAGAAAUGGGUCUACGACGUGGCCAAGCACCUUGAGACAAAGAAGGCGUGGCGCGACGACAGCGUGUUCCCGAUGGUUCUCCUGAAGGCGCUGCACGAGGCGAUCGGCAAGUGUGACAAGUAUCUAAAGGACGAAGGCUCAGACCUCGUGUCCUUAGUCAUCCGCGAGCAUGUUCAGGAAGUCAUGCGCCUGCUCAAUACCCGCGCGUCGUCCAGUGCUACUGGUGGCGCAGACAGCGGUGAUGAGUCUACGUUGUCCUCGAGGGAGAGCCAGACGUUUGACGAGCUCAACUCGGCUGGGCCUGAGGAGAAACAGCAGAAGUUCAUGGACAUCUACUUCACAACCGUCGCGCAGGCCGUGACGCGCAACUGCCACGAAGUGCUACGCAAGAAGAACAGCACCAAGUACGUGCACUCGCCGUCGCAGUCGAGGGUGGACCUGCGGGACGGCGUGGCGGACACCAACGGCAACGACGAUGCGACCAUUGUGCGCGACAGCGUGGGGUCGGAGCUCAGCAGCCCGAACCUGAAUGAGAAGGCGGACCAGGCGACGGUGCAGAUGCAGCCGAGGCGCUCGUCGACGCCGCAGCUGCUAGUGACGCCGACGCACCCGCCCGACGGCAUGGCGCGGCUCAAGAGGAUGUCGACGACGCUGCAUGAGCAGCUGACGGGCAACGUGUGGUGCACGCUUGUAUUCCGGAUGCUGUGCUGGCUGCUGCUGCACGACUUCCACAAGAAGGACGUGCAGAUCAGCAAGAGUGAGCUGUACGGGAGUCGGCUGCCGGUUUACAUCGCUUAG